GGCCCAGUAAGAAAGAAGUGUCCAGAAGUGUAAUGACUUGCCCACAGUCACAUCUGUGUGUAGAACCAGAGCUCCCUGACUCCAAAUCCAUGACUUUCUCACAUCCAGCACACCUUGAACAAUAAAGACCCUCACUUUUUCCCUCAGACAUUGUGGACAUGGCCCAACCGUAAAAAGGAACCCCUAGGUUCCAGGGGAACAUCAAGGCCAGCCAUGGGCGCUGUCAAUGAGUCCUCAGAGGGAGCACCAUUCAUCCUACAGGGACUGACAACAAGCCCAGGACAGAGGUGGCCUUUCUUUGUGCUGUUCUUGUUCUUGUAUGUGGCGGGCAUCCUGGGUAAUGGGCUCAUUGUGGCUGCCAUCCGGGCCAGCCCAGCCCUUCAUGCACCCAUGUACUUCCUGCUGGCCCAUCUGUCCUUUGCUGACCUCUGCUUUACCUCUGUCACUGUGCCCAAGAUGUUGGCCAACUUGUUGUCCUAUGACCACUCCAUCUCCUUGGCAGGGUGCCUGACCCAGAUGUACUUCUUCUUUGCCCUGGGAGUAACUGACAGCUGCCUCCUAGCCGCUAUGGCCUAUGACCGCUAUGUGGCCAUUCGGCACCCCCUCCACUAUGCCACAAGGAUGUCGCGGGCUGUGUGCAUGGCCCUGGUGGGGACAGCUUGGCUGGUGUCCCAUAUCCACUCCCUCCUGCACAUCCUGCUCAUGGCCCGCCUGUCCUUCUGUGCCUCCCACCAAGUGCCCCACUUCUUCUGUGACCACCAGCCUCUCUUAAGGCUCUCCUGCUCAGAUACCCGCCACAUCCAACUGCUCAUCUUCACCGAAGGUGCCGCGGUGGUGGUCACUCCCUUCCUGCUCAUUCUUGCCUCCUAUGGGGCCAUUGCAGCUGCUGUGCUCAGGCUACCCUCCGCCUCUGGGAGGAUCCGGGCUGUGUCCACUUGUGGCUCCCACCUCGCUGUGGUGGGCCUCUUCUAUGGGACAGUCAUCGCAGUCUACUUCCGGCCCACAUCCCGAUAUAAGGCAGAGCGCGGCCGUGUGGCCACUGUCAUGUACACCAUAGUCACCCCCAUGCUGAACCCGGUCAUCUACAGUCUCCGGAAUCGCGAUGUGCAAGGCGCACUCCGAGCCCUUUUCACUGGGCAAAGGAUCUCUGCUGGUGUCUCCUGAAGGUCGGACCACACCAAGAAUAGAUUUCAUCAGCCACAGCGACAACUCAUAAACGUAAUCCUCUGUUCUCUGCUAACCCUCAAAAAUCGUAACAAUGGUCAUCAUUUUCUGAACACCUACCUGAAGCAGAUCCUUGCCUAAUCUCACUUUAUUACCAUGGCAACAGGGAAACAGAUAUCAUCACAAAGUGUUACAGAAGGAAACUGGCGCUCAAAGACAGGAAGUGACUUUCCCAAGUUUACCCAAUUCUCAGGGGACAAAAUCUGGACACUUUCUGAUACAUAAUGACCUCUUCUAAGAGUCACUCCCAGGCAUUUGGACAUCUUCUAAAGACUUAGCGUGAUCUAGGAAAAUACUCAAUCCCUGGGACUUGCUCUGUGG